GCAGCCACGCCGACACGUCGUCACAGGAGUGCCUGAAGUUUCUUUGACAGGACGAAAUCACAGGAACCUUGUUGGACUUUCACUCUUUAUUUUUGGUGGAGUGUUAGUUUCUGAUGUUGGGACACUGUUAUCAAGGCGAUUCGGUGCAAGUUCUCUGCUGACUGUUGACAUUUGUUGACACUGUUUCAAUAAACAGCUGGUAAGCUUACUUUUCCGACUUUAUGUCCACAAAGAUGGAACAACCUUUUUAUCAUGAUGACUCUUUUCUGUCGGCUUACGGCCACUCAGAUGCAGCCAUGCACGACUACAAGCUGCUAAAGCAGAAUAUGAAUUUGAACUUGACAGAGCCCUAUCGCAGCCUGAAAUCGCAGCUGAGGGCCGACACAGACCUGUACCAGGGGGGGCAGCAGGACGUCGGGACCCUGAAGCUCGCGUCUCCGGAGCUGGAGAGGCUCAUCAUCCAAAACAGUAACGGUGUCAUCACCACUCCCACCCCGGGGCAAUACUUCUACAACAGGGGCAUCACCGAUGAGCAGGAGGGGUUCGCCGAGGGGUUCGUCAAAGCUCUGGAUGAGCUGCACAAAAUGAACCAGAUGCCUCCCGCGAACGUCUCAGUCGGGGCCGGUGGAGUUACCACAUGCCCGGCAGCGGCCUCUAGCGUCUUCGGCUCCGCACUGCAACCAGAACCUCCCAUCUAUACGACAUUGAACGCGUAUUGCCCGAACACCGGCCUCUCUUCUUCCGCCUCCAGCUACCCGACAGCCACCAUCAGCUACCUGCCGCCCCACCAGCAGAACCACCCGCAGACCUCCACGCACGGCGCUUUCCAGAACCCCCACCCGGCGUCCGGGCUCCAUCCGCAGCGGCUCGUCUCUCUCAAAGAGGAACCUCAAACCGUCCCGGACCUCUUGAGCAGCGACGGCUCGCCUCCCAUGUCUCCCAUCGACCUGGAGACCCAGGAGAGGAUCAAGGCGGAGCGCAAGCGGCUGAGGAACCGACUGGCGGCGACCAAAUGCCGGCGGCGCAAACUGGAGCGCAUCGCCCGACUGGAGGAGAAAGUGAAAGUUCUGAAGAGCGACAACGCGGGCCUCUCCAACACUGCCUCGGUGCUCCGGGACCAGGUGGCUCAGCUCAAACAGAAGGUCCUCACCCAUGUGAGCAGCGGCUGUCAGCUGAUGCUUACAAGCAAGAUGGAGGCAUUCUAAAGACAGAGACUACUAAAAAGUGACUUUAAGGUGAUGACACUGGAGUCAUGUUGUGCAUGGGCACCAACACAACAGCUCUUAUGUAUGUUGUGCAAAAGACUGAUUGAUUGGUACUUCCGGAUGCUGGACACCCCUCAAAGAACCAUUCAACACACUGAAUCAGGGCAGCAUUCAAAUUGUGCAAACACUGAGAGAAAAGGCCCUUAUUCUCUGGUUUACUAAGUGGCAGAAAUGGGUAUUACUAUUUUAUGUCUUUGUAGUUUUGCCAUUGAUGAUAUUGUCAUCAAAUGCUGCAUAUAUUCUUUGUGUAAAUUAUUGUUUGUCCUGGUUGAUCCAGGCAAACUAACCGUGUCCGAUGUUUACAAUGUCUUUUUUUUUAUUAUUAUUAUUUGUGAUGUGUAUUUAAGUAAAAAGUUUCAAAAACAUGA